UUCAUUGGUGUUUUUAUUUCUCUCUUUGUUUUUCACGAGAGGUUAUAUUCUUUCAGUGAAAGAAAUUAACCUCUUCAUCCUUUUCGCGCGUUAACGCGGAAGUGUUGUAUCGCGGUAUAUAUUUCGUAUAUAUAUGUGCGUGUGUGUCGUGAAUAUGUAUAUGUGUCCGUGUAUAUAGUUUUUACUAGCUCAUUCGUCGUCGUCGUCGUCGUCGUCGUCGCCGUCGUCGUAGUGUCGUUGUCGUCGUCGGCGGCUUUGACGACCGUUGUGAAUUUUCACCAAUGGCGCAUGCACGGCUCAGCUGUCCGCGUUUGGGAUUAAUCCGCGCUGAAAGAUAAUGCUUUUUAUAGUAUUUUUAUUCGAUUAGAGUUUAAGUGGUGGGACGUAGGUACUGUGUGGUAUAAUUGUGUGACGCUUUAAGUUAACGUGGAUUUACCUUUAUUUUCCAUUCGUCCUCCUCCUCCUCCUCCUGCUCCUCUUCCUCAUCCUCGUCUUCGUUGUCGUAUCUACGAUAUCGAGCAUUGAAAAUGUAGGAAAAGAGAAGAGAUAAAAUUCUAUCGUGAUCAACUACGAACGAGCACUUGCUGUAUUAUAAUAUACCUAUAAAUGAUUAUAGUGUUUGAUGUCAUACGAUUUUCAUGUUGAUUUCUCGAUCGUGGAAUAUCUUAGUCAUUUUCGUUUAACUAUGUCUAUUACGACACACGUUUCGAAUUUUUUCUUUCGUCAGAAGGUCUACGCGUAAUACUUUGAGAUCCUUGAUCAAGAAACAUCUCUAACAAAAGAUUUCCUAUAUCAAUUGUAUCGUCUAUUGUAUAUGUUCAAUUCUACCUGUAAUAACACUUAAGUAAGGAUCCUAUUUCUUCAUAUUUUAUUUUUUUUUUUUUACAAAAGAAAACAAAAAACCACUCCAAUUCGAGUAAUCAACAUUUUUCAUAACACGUACAAGCAAUGCUUUUCUCGAUUCGAACGUACCGUUUGUCUUUCAUCAAUCAAACGUGUCGUUACGAUAUCGGUUGUGCCAACAAGUCGUUGCACAUUGACUGGAUACAUGUGUUUUUCAAAAAUUUACCUCUACUACUUCAUCGUUCUGACAUCGUAUCUAAUUAAGUAAUGUAAUGGUGCUACGUUACUUCUCCUACUCAUCAAAUGGAAAAUGGACUAAUGCACCAAGAAAAGAGUAUAUUGUUGCGGCAUUGUAGCCUUAACUCCUAACAGGAGAAAUGGAAAUAAUAAGAGAUGAGGAUAGGCGCAGGCGCCUGAGAUUGUUGGAGGAACGUAUUAAGGAUCCUAGAAGUGUGACUAAUAUCGACAGUUUGUUAGAUACGGUCCAAGCGCUUGUUGCAGACUGUGAUCAUCCUGGUGUUAAGCGUAUGAAGAAUAUAGAAGCCUAUAUGAAUAGAUAUGAUUCCGUCGCUCAAGAUAUUUGUAAAAUGCGAAUGCGUAUCGAUGACUUUACUUUGAUUAAAGUUAUAGGACGUGGUGCAUUUGGUGAAGUUCAACUAGUUAGACACAAAUCUACUCAAAAAGUCUAUGCUAUGAAAUUACUCAGCAAAUUUGAAAUGAUCAAGCGUUCGGAUUCAGCCUUUUUUUGGGAAGAACGAGAUAUUAUGGCUCACGCUAAUUCGCAGUGGAUAGUUCAACUACAUUUUGCUUUUCAAGAUCAAAAGUAUCUCUACAUGGUAAUGGAUUAUAUGCCAGGUGGAGAUUUAGUUAAUUUGAUGUCUAAUUAUGAUGUACCAGAAAAAUGGGCCAAAUUUUAUUGUGCCGAAGUAGUGCUCGCAUUAGAUGCAAUACAUCGUAUGGGAUUUGUACAUCGAGAUGUCAAACCAGACAAUAUGCUGCUUGACAAGCAUGGCCAUUUGAAACUUGCAGAUUUUGGCACGUGUAUGAGAAUGGAUGCUGAUGGAUUGGUUCGUUCUGAUACUGCAGUAGGUACACCUGAUUAUAUAUCACCCGAAGUACUUCAAUCACAGGGUGGAGAAGGUGUAUAUGGUAGAGAAUGUGAUUGGUGGUCUGUUGGUGUAUUUUUAUAUGAAAUGCUCGUUGGGGACACUCCAUUUUAUGCUGAUUCAUUAGUUGGAACAUAUUCGAAGAUUAUGGAUCAUAGAAAUGCACUACAUUUCCCCCAGGAGCUUAACAUUUCGCAUUAUGCAAAAAAUUUGAUAUGUGGCUUUCUCACGGAUAGAACUAAACGGUUAGGAAGAAAUGGCAUGGAAGAAAUCAAAAGCCAUCCAUUCUUUAAAAAUGAUCAGUGGACUUUUGAAAAUUUAAGAGAAUGCGUACCACCCGUGGUACCCGAAUUAUCAGGAGACGAUGAUACCAGCAAUUUUGAUGAUGUCGAUAAAGAAGAUGGACCGGAGGAAAGUUUUCCAGUACCAAAAGCAUUUUCUGGAAAUCAUUUACCAUUCAUAGGUUUCACAUAUUCGGGAGAUUAUCAAUUAUUAGCUAUUAAUGGGAAAGAAUCUGUAGAUGGUUUAGAAAAUCAUAUUAAUAAUGGUACUAACGAUGAUGCCAAAAUCUCACAGUUAGAAAAUUUAUUAGAACGAGAAAGAAGGCAAAUUGAAUCUAUGGAAGCAAGACAAAGAGCUUUGUCCGUUCAAUUAGAAACCAUGACACGCAGGGAGACUGAAUUACGUGAAGAGGCGGGAAGAGCAGAUAAAGAGUUAACUUUAUUAAGACAUAAUUAUAAAGAAGCACAAAGGAAAGUAGAUCAUGAAACAGAAGCUCGUAGAAAGGCAGAAUCUUUAUUAAUGGAAUUAAAAAAGAAAUUUGACGAGGAACAAUCUAGGAGAGCACGAGACGCUAGUACUUCACAACAGACAUUUGAACGUGUUAACACAUUAGAAAAACAAAUUAAAGAAAUGCAAUCUAAAUUGGAAAGAGAAACGGAGACAGUAACGAGAUUACGAAAACAAGCUACUGAAAUUACUGUAGCUCGUCAAGCUGCCGAACAAAUGGCUAAUGAACUGCAAAUUGCAAGAACUCAAUUGCAAGCUCAGCGAGAUACCUUACAGCAAGAAGUUGCCGCAUUGCAAGGUCAACUAUCAAAAGAACGUAGCUCUCGAUCACAGGCGUCGUCUUUAACAGUAGAACUAGAAACGCGUUUAUCUGCUUUACACCUUGAAUUGAAACGUAGUCAUGAAAAAGAAGAGAAAGCUACUUUGGACAACAGACAGCUAAAUGAAAAAGUAUCGGCAUUAGAAAAAGAAACAGCAAGUUUGACGCUUGAAUUAAAAGCUGCACAAGCUAGGUAUAAUCAAGAAGUUGUUGCACAUCAAGAGACGGAAAGAUCACGUAUACUAUCGAAGGAAGAAGCAAAUCUGGAAGUUGUUAAAGGACAUCAUAAUGGAAUAUUCUCAGCUUUACAAGCAAAAUUGAACGAAGAGAAGAGUGGUAGACAAAAAGCGGAAUUACUUGCACAAGAAAAGGAGAGACAAACUUCUAUGCUAUCGGUGGACUACAGACAAAUCCAGCAACGUUUGCAGAAACUUGAGGGUGAACACAGACAAGAAGUGGAAAAAGUUAAAGUACUUCAGGGCCAGGUUGAACAGGAACAACAAAAGAGAAAUGUUCUUCAAACUGAUUUGGCACAACAGUCCUCGGAAGCUGGAAGAUUACGUGCUAGGGAACAACAGUUAAUUGGUGAAGUAACUCAAUUAAGAGAAGCCAAACGACAAAUAGAGGAAGAAUUACAUCAUUUGAAGACUCAAAGAAAUGUUGAUCAGCUACAGACUAAAGAAUUACAAGAACAACUGGAAGCAGAAGCUUACUUUUCGACUCUUUAUAAAACACAAACUCAAGAAUUACGUGAAGAGCUUGAAGAGAAAACGAGAUCACAGCAGGAGUUGGAAGAAGAACGUAGUUCUUUGGUUCAUCAAUUACAACUUUCUUUAACCAGAGGAGAUAGCGAAGCAUUGGCAAGAUCAAUAGCUGAAGAAACUGUGGCUGAUCUUGAAAAAGAACGUACCAUGAAGGAAUUGGAAUACAAAGAUGGAGUUGCUAAACAUCAUCAGGAAUUGAAUGCUAAAGAACAGAUUAUAAACAGACUUAAAGAUGGGGAAGCGGAAUUAAAGAAAUCUGUCGAACAAUAUAUUAAAGAGAAAGAAGACUUGAAUAAACGGGUGAAAGAACUUCAAGAACAACUCAAUAAAGCACAAUCUAAUGCUGAAGAAAUAGAAAAACUCAGUAGUAAAUUAAAGACUGAGCAAGUGCUUAAACAACAAGCUGUUAAUAAGUUGGCUGAAAUCAUGAAUAGAAAAGAUGUAUCAUCUACUGGUAAAAAUAAGAACAAAGCAUCUGCUACGGAUCUUAGAAAGAAGGAAAAAGACUGUAGACGCUUUCAGCAAGAACUUACUCAAGAACGUGAAAAAUAUGGACAAUUGGCAGCUAAAUGGCAGAAGGAUCUACAAGAUUUACAAGCACAACUCGUGGAAGAAAAUCAAGCAAAAUUGAGGCUACAAAUGGAAUUGGAUUCAAAGGAUUCGGAAAUUGAAACGUUGCAAAUGAAAAUAGCUAGCGUCAAUUCAGAAACAGCAAGUGUUUCUUCCGUUGAAAAUGAUGGAGAAGAUUCCGUUUUAUCCGAGCACGGUUCUAUGAGAUUAGAGGGUUGGUUAAACGUGCCAAACAAACAAAAUAUUAAGAGGCAUGGUUGGAAGAAGCAAUACGUGGUCGUUUCAUCGAAAAAGAUCAUUUUUUAUAAUAGUGAAAACGACAAAAUGAACGCCGAUCCAGUUUUGAUAUUAGAUUUGAGUAAAGUAUUUCAUGUUAGAUCUGUCACGCAAGGUGAUGUUAUCCGCGCCAAUGCCAAAGAUAUUCCUAGGAUUUUUCAGUUACUUUAUGCUGGUGAAGGUGAAGCUAGAAGACCUGGGGACGAAGGUAAUGCAUUAUCUGGAAUAGAAUUACCACAACUUACAGAUAAACCUGGUACUCAACAAUUGAAGGGUCACGAAUUUGUUUCAAUAUCUUAUCAUAUGCCAACUGCUUGUGAAGUUUGUUCUAAACAACUUUGGCAUAUGUUUCGUCCAUCUCCAGCAUUGGAAUGUCGAAGAUGUCGUAUAAAAGUUCAUAAAGAACAUUUGGAAAAGAAAGAAGAUGCCAUAGCUCCGUGUAAAUUACAUUAUGAUCCAAACAGUGCACGAGAAUUGUUGGUCCUUGCGGGAAGUCCAGAGGAACAAAAAUAUUGGGUUACAAGAUUAUCUAGGCGUAUACAAAAGUGUGGUUAUAAAGCUAAUUCACAUGUCGAUGGCACAGGACAACGUGUCUCGCCAAGGGAAUCAACAAGAUCGACGUUAAAGCCAUAUUUAUCGGUGCAACAACGCUCAGCAACAUUGCCAGCAAAUGCCAGUAUGGGCAAGUGACCUUAGCUUGCAUUGAUAAUUCUUCUUCAAUCGUCAGUGCACUUGAUAUUGUUAUCAUUUAGUCCUUCUUUACUAAGGUUCGCGUUACUUUAGUCAAACAAGCGUCGCAUCGGUUGAUUUUUCACUUUGUACACCCGAUGAUGAUGAUGAAGAUAAUGAUAAUGAUAAUGAUGAAGAUGAUGAUGAAUGAAUGAUGAUCAUGAUUUAUUAAGUUCAUUAUUCUCACAUACAUUUUCCAGAAGCCAUGUGUUUCAGAGUCUACUACUGCUACUUCUAGUACUACUACUACUACUACUACUAUUACUACUUCUACUGCUACUACUACUACUACUACUACUACUGCUACUGCUGCUACUACUUACUUGUAGUUCCAUGUGUUUGUGUCGGAAUUAGCGAUCAAAAUACAUUGUUAACAAAUAUCAUAUUAGUUGGAAAACAAAAAAAGAUGGAAGGAACAACAUAAUAAGAAGAAAUGAAUUAACGACAAUUGCGAUAUAAACCGGAUAUUUAAUUAAUCGGUUAUAUUAUAGCAAUGAGAUCAAAUUCUAAUCAAGUCCCAGAGCUGUAUGGAAAAAACAGGGUUAAUAGGAUAUACCAACAACAACAAUAAUAACAACAACACAAGUGGAGUUUUAACAAACAAACAAACAAACAGAAUAAUAACCAUUACUUAUUCCAAAAUAUAACAGCACGUUAUAUGUUGAAAAUCAAGGAAACUAUAAAAGUAAUGCGAAUGGGGAAAAGGAUAAGAAAAGAACGAAUGACAAUGAUGGAGUCGUUAUUUAUAAUAACAAGUUUUAUCGACAUGAAUUAUUUUAACAACAAAUUAGCGAAGAAAUGAAAUAACCUACUAACAACAUCUGCGAUCAAGAAAUCAAAGUGAAUGUAUUUAUGCAGCCUUCUUCUCUUAUUCAUCUUUGGUAUUAAUUUGACUAAAAAAAAAAAAAAAAAA